GCACGUUUUAUAGAGGCUGUAAGCUGUUUGCUAACAGGCCUGUAAUCUCGUACUGUUUGGUUUGUGCAACUGUGAGCAGCCUGCUAACGGGUGUGUUCUAGUGUUUAGUUUUGUAAGUGUUACAAUGGAUCCUUAUGAAGUGGAAGAAGAAAGAAUUAGAGUGAUGUUUGAUAUACCUUCAAGCGAACUUGGUGAUCCAUUGUCAGAUUUCAGUGACAUAGAAGAUGAACAAUUGAUUAUAAAUGCUGCUGAAAUUCGUGUUUCUGAAGAAAUAUUUGAGGAUAACUCACCUGUAGAAGUCGAUCCACCAGAAAUCAAUGCAAAUGAAGAACUUUCACCCAAUAUUCCUGGCCCCAGCCACCAUGCUAGUCCAGAACCCAUGGAUCUCUCAAUGAAUCAACCAGAUGCUGUUGAACAACACAGCAGGAAGAGGAAAAAGAAGAGCCAACCCAAACAGCCCAAGGCACUAACCAACCCCACCUACAAAGGAAGGAAUAAGCCUAAUCCAACCAUUUGGUCAAAUACUCCUCAAUCUACAGCUGGAAAGCCAAGAAAGAAGAACCUCAUCCCACAGCUCCCUGGACCAAUAGGACAAGCCAAACAAGCAAAGAGUGAAACUGAAUGCUGGAGUUUAUUUUUUCCAGACACUGUCAUUGAAAAACUUUUUUACUAUACUAAUAUCAAAAUCCAAAUAUCCAAAGUUGUAAUCAUGACCAGGUCUUCCUGGAUAGAUUGUGUCAAUUAA